AUGACCUCCCUCGAUGGUAAACCGGAGCCACCAGUUCAUAUCGAAGAGGCUACCGUCAUGGACCUCACUCAGGACAAUUGGGACUUCGAAUGGAGUGUUGAUAUUUGGUUAAAUCUGGGCGCCCUGUAUCUGACCUAUUUCUCAUGUGUGUGGGCACAAGCAGUCCCAGGAAGCAGCCUCGGCUUCAUCCAAAAAUCUUUCCCGUUGGAGACUGCUAUAUCUCCUUGGGUAGCUGCUGUGGGAAGCUUGUGCCUAUGCGUAAUUAGUAGUUUUAUCGGCGAGCUUUCCGAUACCUUUGGACGCCGAUACUUUCUCUUCUUCGCCACAAUCUGUGGGAUCGUCGGAAUGCUAGUAUCCUCUAGAGCAGUGUCCGUUGGGACUAUCGUCGGCGGUCAGACAAUCACGAGUGUCGGCUUUUCGGUGGGAUACCUUACAACACCACUCAUCGCUGAGAUUGUUCCAAAGCGUUCACGAGCUUUAGUUAUAUCUGUCACUACAUUCCUCACUGGCACUGUCUCCAUUGGCGGUGGUAUUGGGAUGGCGGCCUUCAUGGAGCAUGAUGUCGGGGGCUACAACCAAGGCUGGCGAAUGGGAUAUUACUUCGGUGCUGUGUUCUUCGCCCUCGCAUCUGCCCUUCUUUUCUCUUACCACCCCGGAAAACGUCCAAAUCCUGAAGGUCUUUCUGUUCAGGCUAGACUUCGGGGGUUCGAUUGGGUUGGCAUCAUUCUUUCCACCGCAAGCUUUUCCAUGAUCUUAGUUGCCCUCCAGGUUGGAGGGAGCACAUAUCCAUGGAAAUCCGCUACAGUCAUCUCCCUCCUUGUGAUCGGAGCGUUGUCUCUGAUUGCGUUGUGCAUUUGGGAAGCCAAGGGACCGUCAAACAAGCUGAUCCCGCGCGAAAUCUUUCAACACCGAAAUUACGCAAUUGGCUUGGCUAUAAACUUUAUCGAGGGUGUCGCAGCCUUUGGCAGCCUCAGCUUUCAGAGCCCUAUUGUCCUUAAUCUAUUGCAGCCCGACUACUUCAAGUCCGGCUUGUACAACAUUCCCUCCGCUGGUGGCACGAUUGCUGGUGCCGCUAUCACGGCCAUUUUGAUAUACAAGACUAGAGAAGUAAAAUGGAUAGGCAUAACGGCCUGUGCUCUUCUCACUAUUAGUGUUGGAGCAAUGGCUCUGCUCAAUCCCCAUAUCAAUCUUGCCGCUUGGUUCAUUCCCACCACAGUUACCGGUAUGUGUAUUGGCUGUUUCGCUGUCUUGAACCCCGUCAUUGCAACCAUAUCCACUCCCAAUGAGCUCGUCGCCACAUCAGUCACAAUAGGGACAUCAGUGCGUGGCCUCGGUGGCGCUAUCGGCAUCGUGAUGAUCUCGACCAUCUUCCAAAACAAAAUCACCAAUUUUCUUCCAAAAAAGAUCAGUGAGGUUAUCGUGAAGGAAGGAAUCUCUAUAUCUCAUCUGCCUCAGAUAAUAUCUUCCUUAUCCAUCGGGGACACUGCAGCUCUGGCGCAGGUACCUGGCAUAUCUGUACGGGUAGUAACUGCCCUUCUUGCCGCAAACCAGCAGGCAUAUGCCGACUCAUAUCGGUAUAUGUGGUAUUCCUUGAUUCCGUUUUGCGUAUUGACGCUUUUAUCUGCUUGUUUAUUGAAGUCUACUAAAGAUCAACUCACAGUUGAAGUUGUCUCGGCUGUCCAGCAGCGUCCCAAGUCAGGGGAUCAGCUGGAAAAGUGA